AUGUAACAUUAUUUUGUCGGCGCAAGGACACUUCAAGGAGGGGUUGUUUUAUUUAUUUUUACUCUCUCGCUGGCACAUCGCGGAUGAAAAGUGUGUUAUCACCACCGAUAAUGGCAUAGUUUCACCGUUAUCAGGACAAAUUAAUUUAUUUCUUAGUGGUGAAAGGUAAAAAGAAUUGUAAUUCAGAGACUGCAGAAAAGUGCGUGAGCUUUUGUGCUUUUGUGGGUGUUGUAUGGUGGAAAAAGAAGAAAAUUUGUGUCCCUCCCGAACGCAAAAAAGGCGUCGCGAUAUCGGAAGACUAUAUUGAUUUUUGUUGAGUCGCAAUAUUGUGUGGAGAUUUCUCCCCACUAUCACAGUGCCCCCCUUUUGAGCACCCCACACACAUCUGACCAACAACAAAUAAGGCGAAACACGGGACUACUGGCGGGUGCUGUCUGUGGGGCGCCCCCUUUUUCACCGGAAGCGGAGAACCAGCAGGCGCUUUUAGGACAAAAGAAAUGCACGCAAUGGGAAUCCACUCUGCUCUUGCUGUUAAACGACAGCGCAAGAGGCGUGAUGAUCAAAAGAAGAAGCGGGAGCGACGACAUAGUCUCCAAAGUGCAGACAGCCUCGACACAAAUGCUUCCUCGACCCGACGCCGGUAUGGACGGUACGGGCUCAGGAAGCGCAACACUGAGAACUCACUACUGGACCAGCAGGUGGUCUCCAGUAUUGGGAUGCUUCACAUUGGUGUUGUAUUCGUAGUUUUUGGGAUCUUCCUGCUGGGUGCUGGUAUCCUCCCCGAUGAUAUGUCUUCAUUUAAUUUAUUCGCUUUGGAAACGUGGUGGAAUGAAUUGGUGUGCACCGGAGCUUUUGCUAUCGGACUGGGAAUCUUCCUAAUAAUUCUGAAUUCCUUCAUAAGUAAGCGCGAAGAAACGGAUUUGGAGGAAUAUGUUCAGCGUCAAUUGACCCGAUCGCGGUCAGGACAUCGCUUGGAACGUGAUGUGGAGACGGGCUGUUUGGCAACGCGUCAACACCACAAGAGUCGCCUACAGAAGGACCUUCUUCAUUCACCCGCAACGGAGUCAUCCAAUGAACCCCUCUCCUCAACAAAUACACACGAUGGACCACUCGGUGGGGAUAUUCUCCUUGAGCAAAUACUCGAAGAGGACAAUCGGUAUGACGAACGAAGUGGUGAGAUUGUUUCAUCCCUUUCCAGUGAUAAGAAAUUCUUACUUGGAAAUGGACACACAAACUCUGUGACUAUCACCAACAUUUAAGAAUCUCAUGCGUUUUAUUUUCCCCCCAACUCUUAUCCUUCGCUUUCUUUACCCACCCACCCCCUUCUCCCCAUCAUACACUCCCUCCCACCCAUUUUUUAUAUAAAGGCGACAUGGCGUAUGAAAAAAAAAAGAAAAAUCUCACAUUCACAAUUAUCAUUGAGACAGAAAAAAUCCGCAUUGAUCUUUUUAGCUAUAUAGAGUGGUAAGGAAAAAAAAACUAAAAGAAGAAAAGACGUUGAAGACCGUAAAAAGAACUUUUUCGAAUAUAAAAAAAACCUUCGUAAUUGUAUUCGUAUAAAUUUACUUAUAAAGAAUAAUAAUAAAAAAUCAUAAAUGAUAACCUUUUUCUAAUGGAACAGAAUCAAAUUAAGAUACAAAAAAUAAAAAUUCUUUACUUCAAUGAAAAGAAAUAAAAAUUCAAAAAAAAAUGUUAAGCUAUGGAAGUCGAAGAGAUAAAGUUUAGAUAGGCUCAAAAAAAACUGUUUAAAAACACGCUAUUGUCCUUUUUCAUCUCAUUAUCUCUUUAAUGAUAAAAAGAGAUUUUUAACCCAAAAAAAAGGAAAGAAAAUCAAUUUGAAAUUUUGUAGCUAAAGAAACACUUAUUAAAAAAAAAGAAAAUUGUGAAAAGUAACGAUAAAGAAAUACUUAAACUAUGAAAAUGAAAAAGAGGGACAACAAAAAAAAAUGUUCGACUAGAGAAAUAAUUAUUAAAUAAUAAAAGAUAAACGAUAUAUUUUAAAAAUGCAUUUAAGAUAUAAAUAAAUUUUUAAAUCUCUUCUCAUUGCACAAAAAAUAUUAUUAUAUUAUAUAUUAAAAUCUUCUUAUACAAAGAAAAAAAA